UGGGCUCGGCGGGCUCGUGUGAGGCGGCCGCGCGGAGCAGCAGGCAUGCGGGGCGCCAGCCGGGCCCCCCGCGCCGCCGCGCUCGGCCUGGCGCUGCUCCUCGCCUCCUGCGUGCAGGUGUCCCGGUCCACGGGCUAUUUCGAGCUGCAGCUUAACUCGGUGCGGAAUGUAAACGGCGAGUUGUUCAAUGGGGAAUGCUGCGAUGGCAUGAAAAGCCCCCAGAACCUGGACUGUACCCGGGACGAGUGCGACACUUACGUGAAAGUCUGUCUCAAGGAAUAUCAGGCCAAGAUCACGCCGGUCGGACCCUGCAACUACGGAUUCGGAUCUACCCCCGUUCUCGGUGGAAAUAUUUUCUAUUUGAACAGCAACAAAUACUCCCAUCAAGGCAGAACCCCCGAGACGGGCAGGAUUGUUAUUCCCUUUCAGUUUGCGUGGCCGAGAUCAUUCACAUUAAUAUUAGAAGCAUGGGAUUGGGAUAACGAUACAAAAUCUGGUGAAGACUUGUUAAUAGAACGAGUGGCACAUGCUGGCAUGAUCAACCCAGAAGACCGAUGGAAGACACUACAAUUUAAUGGUCCUGUUGCCCAUUUUGAAGUACAAAUAAGGGUGAAGUGUGAUGAAAAUUACUACAGUGCUCUGUGCAAUAAAUUUUGUGGUCCUCGAGAUGACUUUGUUGGUCACUACACUUGUGAUCAAAAUGGAAACAAAGCCUGCAUGGAAGGUUGGAUGGGAGAAGAAUGUAAACAAGCUGUGUGUAAACAAGGAUGUAAUUUGCUCCAUGGGGGUUGCAGUGUACCUGGGGAAUGCAAGUGUCAUUAUGGUUGGCAAGGACAGUUCUGUGAUGAGUGUGUCCGCUACCCAGGCUGUGCUCAUGGGAGCUGUAACGAACCAUGGCAGUGUAAUUGUGAAACCAACUGGGGUGGCCUGCUCUGUAACAAAGAUCUGAAUUACUGUGGAAAUCACCAUCCCUGCCUGAAUGGUGGAACCUGCAUGAAUACUGAACCAGAUGAAUAUCGCUGUGCUUGCCCGGAUGGCUACUCAGGAAAGAACUGCGAAAUUGCGGAGCAUGCUUGUGUAUCUAACCCCUGUGCUAAUGGUGGAAUUUGUCACGAAAUUUCAUCAGGCUUCAAGUGUCACUGCCCAUCGGGGUGGAGUGGACCAACAUGUGCUAUUGAUAUUGAUGAGUGCGCAUCUAACCCUUGUGCUCAAGGAGGGACCUGCAUUGAUGGUGUUAAUGCCUUUGAGUGUAUAUGUCCACAGCAGUGGAUUGGAGCAACAUGUCAGCUUGAUAUUAAUGACUGUCAUGGGCAAUGUCAACAUGGAGGGACUUGCAAGGAUGAAGUGAAUGGUUACCAUUGCAUAUGCCCUCGUGGUUACACAGGAAAAAACUGUGAGAUAGAAACAAACGAGUGUGAAAGCAAUCCAUGCCAAAAUGGAGGCCGUUGCAAAGACCUGGUGAAUGGAUUCAGUUGCCAGUGCUUACAGGGCUUCUCAGGAGUCUUCUGUGAGAUGGAUAUUGAUUUCUGUGAACCUAACCCUUGCCAGAAUGGGGCUAAAUGCUAUGAUCUGGGAGGAGAUUAUUACUGCGCCUGCCCUGAUGACUAUGAUGGAAAGAAUUGUUCUCAUCUCAAGGACCACUGCAAGAACAAUUCCUGUAAAGUAAUAGACAGCUGUACAAUAGAAGUCUUCACUAAUGCUACCCAAGAAGGAAUCCGUUUCAUUUCGUCUAAUGUUUGUGGGCCUCACGGACGGUGCAUUAGUCAGCCAGGAGGCAAUUUUACUUGUGCUUGUGAAAGAGGUUUUACUGGAAUAUACUGUCAUGAAAAUAUCAAUGACUGUCUUGGGAAACCUUGCAAGAAUGGUGGGACAUGCAUCGAUGAAGUUGAUUCAUUUAGGUGUUUCUGCUCAAGUGGCUGGGAAGGAGAAUUGUGUGACACAAAUUUCAAUGACUGUUCUCCAAACCCCUGUCACAACGGUGGCAGAUGCAUUGAUUUGGUAAAUGACUUCUAUUGUGAGUGUAAGAAUGACUGGAAAGGCAAAACUUGCCACUCACGUGAAUACCAAUGUGAUGCAAAUACUUGUAGCAAUGGUGGAACAUGCUAUGAUGAUGGAGAUACAUUCCGCUGUUCAUGUCCUCCAGAAUGGAUAGGAAGUACUUGCAACACUGCUAAAAACAGCAGCUGCAUUCCAAAUCCUUGCAUGAAUGGUGGAACAUGUGUUGGCAGUGGAGACUCCUUUUCUUGCAUCUGCAAAGAAGGGUGGGAAGGACGCACAUGCACACAGAAUACCAAUGACUGCAACCCUCAUCCAUGUUAUAAUGGAGGCAUCUGUGUUGAUGGUGUGAAUUGGUUUCGAUGUGAAUGUGCACCUGGGUUUGCUGGUCCUGACUGCAGAAUUAAUAUUGACGAGUGCCAGUCUUCUCCUUGUGGAUAUGGUGCCACUUGUAUAGAUGAAAUAAAUGGAUACCGAUGCAAUUGUCCCCCUGGAAGAAUUGGUCCCAGGUGCCAAGAAGUGAUUGGAAUUGGAAAGCCUUGCUGGCUUAAGGGAAUCACCUUUCCCCAUGGCAGCAGGUGGGAUCAGGAGUGCAACAACUGCCACUGUUUGGAUGGCCGUAUCGACUGCACCAAGGUGUGGUGUGGGAAAAAGCCUUGUCUGUUACACAAGCACUGGGAUAAUUCAAAUAACCAGUGUCCCAUGGGUCAAGAAUGCCAGGAGAAGUAUAUGAAAUGCUUUCAGCCACCAUGCACAGACUGGGGAGAAUGCAGUGCCUCUGAACCUCUGCCUGCCAAUAUCAAGUGUCUGCCUAAUUCUGGGUAUUUGGACAAUGACUGUGCUAGAAUUACUUUAAUUUUCAACGAAGACAAAGUCCCACAGGGCACUACCACUGAAAAUAUCUGUUCUGAAAUCCGAUAUUUACCAGCUACUAGGACUGUGUCUCGGGACAGAACUCUGAUAAUAUUGUGUGAUCUGUCUUACUCCAUAGAGAAUGCGGUGGAAGUUGCUAUUUCUCUUGUCCCACACCGAGAUGAACAAGAUAAUAGUCUCAUACAGAACGCAGCUAACAUCAUAGUCAAUGCAAUCACGAAGAGGCAGAACAGCACUGUCAUGUUGGCAGUAACUGAAGUCAAAGUAGAGACCAUCGUUGUUGGGAAUUCAUCAUCAGAUUACUUGGUUCCAAUUCUCUGUGCGGUAUUUAGCAUUGUGUGGCUGACCUGUAUCAUCAUCUGCGUGUGGUGGACUCGGAAGAGGAGAAAAGAGCGAGAGAGAAGUCGUCCUCCCAGAGAAGAGGGUGCCAAUAACCAGUGGGCACCUUUAAAUCCCAUAAGAAAUCCUAUAGACAGAUCUUACAGCAACAAAGACAUUCGUUACGAAUGCAAAAACUUCAUAUCUCCUCAGAAAAGAACUUGUGAUGCGGUAGAGGAGUACGUGGAGUACGAGGAAGAGGAAGAAGAAGAGGAAGAAAGAGAUGAGGAAAUGGACAAAUUCCUCUCUCACAAACUCGCAAAGCCUUUGGCCACGAAGGCAUCCGACACAUCAGAAAGCAGUCCAGUAAAGAAAUCCCAUCCACUAGGCAAGAUGGACAACAGAUCUGUCAAAAAUGUGAAUGCAUCAAACUUUGAAGGCAGUAGAGACUAAAGCUGUAUUUGGAACGUAGGGAGACUGCACCUACGCUUACUGGGUAGGGGGGAAAAAGAAAAGAAGCUCCACUUUGCAUCAAGGACUGAAAAUUCUCUGGAGUCAAAUGUUUCAUAGUUUCUUUAUUUUGCGUAAAAAAAGAAAAUAAAUGAAAAUAAUAAAUAAAAUUUAUUUUGUUUCUUUAGCCUUGUAUAAAUUAUUCAAUGACUGUCAGAUGAAAAAAAAACAGAGACAAAUGAGUAAUCUUUGAUAGUUGCUAUUUUUGUAAAGUUUACUUGUAAUACACUCGCUGUGUGGCAGAGGAGAGGUAUUUUCAAUAUGUGUAAAGUUUAUUACAAAAGCCUGUACACUGUUUACAGAAUGUAUUUCUUUUUAUUACUUGCUCUAAUUUAAAUGGUGGCUUUAAAACCCUCCUGGUUGAGGAAAUUUGUGUGAACUUUAAACCACUUUCUUGACUUUGAGUCUCUAUUAAUGGCAGCUCACUGCACUUGUUACGUUUAGUAGCUUCUGUCAGUUCUUUUUCUGUCCCAAAUUUGCCUUACACACUUUGUAACAACAACAACAAAAAAAGAAUUAUAGAGAUCUUUCAACUGUGGCUUAGGAAAAAAAGCAAAAAGUGGCCUUUUAAUUUCUGUUAAAUUACUUUGGAAUUGCAGUAUUGAAGCAUGUGACAAGUGCCUUGAGAUUAAACUUUUUCUAUAGCAACUGUCAAAGACUGCCAUAUCGAUGUAGUAACAUUGUGAGAACUCUAGGUUCCCCAGCUGACACAGUUUAUUUUCUAAUAGUGAAAGUGCUUUUUUUUCGGUGUAAAUAUGUACAUAUUAAAUGAAUCACUCUGUAUAUUUGAUUUAAUAACUUAAAUAUUUUGGUCUUUUUUUUUUACAUGUCAUUCCUUUUAAUUUAUGUUGCUGACAAAGGAGGUUUUAUGGCAGUUUAUAACUUUUUCUUUUUGGUAUUCUGUCCAGACUUAGGAAAAAAAGAAAGAUGAUGUUAAUACAAUCAAUGUUAGAAAAAAAAGAAUCUGUUGGUCAUUUGUAUUUACAUAGGAACAAAUAACCACUUAUGUGUAAAUAGAUCCAGAAAUGUUUGUUUAUCCCCCACGUUCAGCCCAUCUCAAGAACACUAACGGGUGCAUCUACUGUACAGUACCAACGUAGCGAGGCAUUGUUUCUUUUUCUUUUGUGAAUAUGUUAAUUACAUGUGGUAUUACUUUUUUUGUUGUUGUUGUUUUGGCGUUUAAAUACAAAGCCUAAUGAAGGGAACAAUAUUUUCCUCAAUCUUGUUUCUGUUGUGCUUUUUAUUCACCUUUGGCUCUAAAGGACGAAAAGGCCGGCAAGCUUCGGAAGGUUUGGGAGUAACCUGGGUAGAAAUGGUUGCAAUGGAAGGCUUAAUGCGUUGGGUUGGGUUUGGUUUGGGGUUGUUUUUCUUUUUUUAAAGGAAAAAGGCUUUAUUGUUGCUAUUAACUGGGCAAAACUAAGUUUAUUUUAAUUACUGAAGCAGCAUAACACUGCAUACACCUAGUUACCCUCCCAGUGAGAGGAGCGGAUGCUUGAGAGUGUCAACUCUGGCCCACGAACAAUGUAAACGUGAGGUGUUUUGAAUCCAGUUAUUUUAUACAGGAACGCAGGAUUUGCUUUGCAGGAUCUUCUCUUUUACUACUUUUUUUUUUUGACAUGUUCCUAAAAAAAAAACCAAAAAAAAGAAAAGAAAACUUUCAGAAAAGAAACUAUUUAUUAAAGCAUUUUAUAAUGAUGUUUGUUGUAACUUUUUUACUUGUGCUAAAUAUUCAAAACUUAUUUUGAUAACCUGGUUAGGAAUUAGUUUAGAAAAGGGUACUAUCCUUCUCACGUUCCCCAGUAUAAUCCUGAGUAUUUAAACCAAAAAACACUUUUUUUCUGCUACUCUUGUAACUUUUUGUACUGUAAUGCUGCUGUCUUCCAUAAUCUAAUAAAAUGAUUCCCUCAUUGUGUGUAA